GAUAUGAUUUUGGGAAACUUUUCAACAACAAGGCCUAGGAUUUUUUAUAUUCCGCACAUUUUUCACUGCCUUGUCACGCCUUCAUCUUUCAUCUGACUGGACCAGUUUUACACUUUUACUUUUUUCUUUUUCUUUUUUCCGUUUUCCUUUUUUUUCCCUUUUUCAACCUUAAUUUUACACUUCUUCAAGAUAUAUUUCCAAAAUUAUAUCACGCCAUAUAUAUAUAAACUUUUAAUAAAUGAAAUUUCUACAAGUGGAUUCACUGGAUGUAUUGAAUUCAGUAUUCGAAUGGGAAAGUGCAGAAGCUCAAUUAACUGGAAGAAUUGAAGCCUAUUCCUGUAAAAGUGCCGGUUCUGAUAAGAAACUAUUCAAACAUAUGGAAAAUAAAUAUAAUAUGGUAAUGAGUGGCUCAAUAUCACCAGAUGACCAUCUACCGAUAAUAUCACCUUUUGGACGACUAGACGAAUCAGCACCACGAAAAACAUUCUUUUAUCUUUUGGCAACGUUGAACGCGGCUUUUCCUGACAAUGACUUUAGCGAUGUACGACCGGACCAAUUUAGCAAACAACCUGCUGUGGAUAUGGUUAUCAAUUCUGUCAAUACCACUUUAUUCAAUCUUGGAAAUGAUUUUAUAGUCAACAAAUACAGAAUGUGGGAUAUUUUGGAUGAACUAGUAGAAUUGAAUGAAUGUGAUGUAUACAGUUAUACUGCUGAUAUUGAUGAUGAUCCAAUGGUGGAAGAAGGUUACUUAUGGUCUAUGAACUACUUUUUUUUUAAUCGGAAAUUGAAGCGGAUGGUCUUUUUCUCAGUGAAUAGCAGAAUGAAGGAAGAUCAGGAUGAUGAUAAUGACGAUGAUGAUGACGCUUAUGAUAGUAUGGAUCAAGAUGAAUCAAGACAUCAAAUGGUAAUUGGUGAUAUGGAAGUAUGAACAAGGAUGAUCCCUAUUUUUAUCUAUUAUUCUCUCCUUUUUACUCUAAGGUGUCCCCUUUUUGUGCCUGAAAAAUUUUUUUUGGGUUCCCGCCUAUUUUAUUUUAUUUAUUUUUUCGUGUUUCUUUUUUUUUUUUUUUCUCCC